CGCGGCCCGCGACCAGCCCGCUCGCCGCCCGCCGCUCAGGCACCCGCGCCGACUACCGACGACGACGCUGCGACUCACCACACAACUACUUCAAAACUUAAAGUUAAAACCAAUAGUGCGCGGCCGCCACCGACCCACCACGCCACCCAUCACCCACAAUUGACUUUGGAACAUUCAGUGACCACAGUUUUUGGUGUUGGACAAAGUUGGGAUGUAACGAAAAGUUCAGAUUCGUGAAUAUUCACCACCGAUCAAUGACAAGUGAGCAUCGCGAGUGAGAGUUAAAGCCGGUCCGAUGCGGGGGCGGCAUUAGCUACGCAUGGUGUGGAGAGGUGCGGGAUGGCGGGGCGCGGCGGGCGGGGCGCGUGGUAGCGCGGGCCAUGCUGUGGGCGGUGGCGCUGCUGGCGGCGGCGGCGGCGGCGGGCGAGCUGCGGGUGCUGGCGCCGCACGCGCGCCCGGUGUUCCACGUGGCCGUGGCGGCGCCUGCCUCGGCCGCCGCCGCCGUGCGCGCCUUCACUCGCGAGCUGGCGCUGCUGUCGCGCGGCUUCCGGGCCGGGGGGGACCCGCCGCAUCUCAGCAACAUCACGCUGCUGCCGCUCUAUAUAGAGCUGCCAGAAGAUGAAAGAUUCAGUGCGAGCGUGCUAGAAGCGACGUGCAGCGCGCUGAGCGGGCGGCGCGUGGCGGCGCUGCUGGUGUGCGGCGGCGGCGGCGCGGCGGCGGCCGUGGUGGCGGCGGCGUCCCGCGCCGGCGUGCCCGUCGUAAGGGCCUCGCCCUCGCAUCUACACUUCUCGUACACGCUCGCUAAUGAACUGCUGCCUUUAGAGAUCCGUUUGGAAAUAACCGCUAGGGAAACAUUACAUGCAAUCAGGGCCACUCUUCUACACACACACUGGCAUUCUUUCACCCUGCUUGCUGAGGAAGAUAUUUUUACUACGCUGUCUCUCCGCCAGGACCUGUCUUCAAUUCUUACCGCCCAACCUCUUAAUCCUAAAUGGCUUUCUCUUCCAACUAAAUAUUCCAGACACGCUCUUUUCAGGCGUCUCACUGAGAUUUCGAGACUGACCCGUGGAGUUGUCGUUCUGAUAUGUGACGUCCAUUACGCAAAGCUGGUUAUGGAUGAGGCUAAGCGCCUCAACAUGUUGGAAGGACACUUUUUUUGGCUAUGGAUUGAUGCCACGAGGAAAAUGGAUGUUUUCCGGAAUGUUAGCAAUAGAACUCAGGCCAGCGAUGAGAUCGACCUGGAAUUUGGACGUUUCAAUGAAGACGAAGCUCUAUUUGAAGACCGAUUUGAGCGAAAUAAACGCGAUGAUGCAGACAAUAAUACUUUAGCCGAUGUAAAGAUUAAUAAUCGCGAUUCAUUUAUGUUAGAUAAAAAAAUCAGCAAAACUAAUGUUAGUGCAGACGGAAUUAAUUUAAGGAAUAGUUCAUUAAAUAUAAAUUCUAAUCGUGUUAGUAAAAACGUAAAUAAUUCGAAAACGCACAGUGCCAACGAUAAGAUAUUAAAUGUAAAUUUUAGUGAAGAAGACGACGAUAGUCGCAAUAUUAGUUUUAAAAAUGUUAGGAAUAACAUACAUGUACAUAAAAAAGGCGUUGAAACUUCUAAAAUCGAAAACAAUUCAAAUGAGAAGACUAAAAAGUCAUUUCUCACUAGAGAUAAUAGUAGAGGUACUAGUAAUAGUAGAAUGAAGAAUGAAUCUUUUAACAAAUAUGUAAAUAGCAUAAAUAUACACAGUUUUAAUAGUGAAGCUGUAAGAAGAGAUUUGAAUGAAGAUGAAAACCUUAGUGAUUUAAGAAAAAAAAUAUUCUUCUCAAGUGAUAUUAGUGAUUUCUUAAUGAAUCCCACGGUGCAUACAUCAACAUUGAAAAAUAACGUUAGAAAAAAUAUUGAAAAGAGGAAGGACAAAAACCUUUUUAAGGAGGAGUUCGAGAAUGAGGCGGAGAUAAAAUCGCAUAAAGAUAAAGAAAACGUGACUGAAAUUUUUAACAGCCUUCCAGUUGGGUUAUUGGCUAUAAACCCACAGCCGAUGAAAAUAGAUGAAGUGUUUGUGAAGGUGGCUCUGAAGAUGGUUGUGGGUGCUCUGAGGAACGUGCUGCGAGCCUGCGACGCGUGGUCAGCCCAGGCCCAGUUCUUCACCGACGCCGUGGCAUCCUGUUGGGAGGAACCCAGCGAUGCGGCAGCGGACUUUUCUGCUGAACUGGCAAGAGAACUAAGAAUAUCGACAGCUGCCGCGCUAGCUGGUGGGACGGAGCAGCCAGAAAGACCGUUGAUAGCAACAUUCACUUUACUGAACCUAGUCACUAGACCUGAAGGUGGAAAUGCUUGGAGGCAAGUAGGCCAUGUGCUGGGCCGCAGUGUGAGGCUCCACACCAUCGUGUGGCCUGGAGGGAGGCUGGUCGCUCAUGGACAGUCAUCUGGCGCACGCACCAUAUUCCGCAUAGUCACAGCAAUAUCCCCUCCUUUCGUAAUGGAAGGGGAACUAGAUGAAGACGGCCAAUGUCUAAGAGGACUGGCGUGCCAUCGACCAGAAACAUCUGAUCGAGACAACCUCACACUGGCCUUCAAUGAAUUCGAACGCGAAGGCGAACCGGAAGCUGACAACUUCUUCUUUCCAACCCCCAAACCAACUAGUUUCUCCAAAAUGGCAACACAUUGCUGCUACGGUCUUGCCAUGGACCUCCUCGAAAAUAUAGCGCAGGAACUCGAAUUUGAUUUUCAUUUAUAUAUCGUUGAAGAUGGCUUAUAUGGUUCCCGUAAGUUGGUGAAAUCCUUUCGUCGGUUACAUGAGUAUAAGAGUAAAAUGAUAAUGAAUGAUUUCGACUAUCCAGAUCACCAGCACAGUUACAGAGCUCAGUACCGUAACGGUUAUAAAGCUUUUGAUGAAAACUAUGAACCAGAUGAUUAUUUAGAAGAUGAUGAUACCGACGAAGAUGUCCAGAAGUGGAAUGGCAUUGUUGGUGAUCUCGUGUCUGGAGCCGCACACAUGUCCUUUGCAGCGUUAAGUGUGUCAUCGGCAAGAGCAGAAGUAAUCGAUUUUAGUCAGCCAUACUUUUUUAGUGGGAUAUCAAUAUUGGCCGCUCCAAACCAGAAAGCUGAUAUACCUUUGUUGGCGUUUCUUUUGCCAUUUUCUCCCGAGUUGUGGAUCGCUAUAUUUACUUCGUUGAACGUUACUGCGAUUGCGGUAGCUAUUUACGAGUGGCUGUCACCGUUUGGGUUGAAUCCUUGGGGCCGCCAACGCUCGAAGAAUUUCAGCAUCUCGAGUGCUUUAUGGGUGAUGUGGGGGCUGCUGUGUGGCCACCUAGUGGCAUUCAAGGCUCCAAAGAGUUGGCCUAACAAGUUUCUAAUCAACGUUUGGGGCGGGUUCUCUGUGAUAUUUGUGGCGAGCUACACGGCGAACAUAGCUGCUCUUAUUGCCGGCCUGUUUUUUCACAACGCUGUUGACGACUUCCAAGGCCGAAGUAACUGGCUAUCAUUACGUGUCGGCACGGCCCAAUCUUCGGUAGCCGAGUACUACGUCAGAAGAAACAACUUGCCGCUAGCCGAGCAAAUGCGCCGUUACGCCCUCCAAGAUAUUGAAGAGGGCAUUCAAAGACUCAGGAAUGGAACUUUGGACCUGCUCAUUGCUGACUCGCCGGUUCUGGACUAUUACAGAGCUACCGAUCACGGAUGCAAGCUGCAAAGGGUUGGAGACCACGCACUGGCUGAAGACACUUACGCUAUUGGCAUGACUAAAGGAUUCCCCUUGAAGGACAGCAUAUCGGCCGUGAUAGCGAAGUACUCGUCGAACGGCUACAUGGACAUCCUGACCGAGAAGUGGUACGGGGGGCUGCCGUGCUUCAAGCUGAGCCCGGAUUACGGAAUCCAGCCGCGGCCACUAGGUGUCGCGGCUGUAGCAGGGGUGUUUAUACUACUGGGCGUUGGUAUGAUAGUCGGGUGCCUCAUACUAAUACUGGAACACCUGUUCUACAAGUAUACUCUGCCCGUUUUAAGACACCAACCGAAAGGAACUAUUUGGAGGAGCCGAAACAUCAUGUUUUUUAGUCAGAAGCUGUACCGCUUCAUCAACUGCGUGGAGCUGGUGUCCCCGCACCACGCGGCGCGCGAGCUCGUGCACACGCUCCGCCAGGGACACUUCACCUCGCUCUUCCAGAAGAGCGUCAAGAGGAAGGAACAUGAACAGCGAAGAAGAAGAAAAAGUAAAGCUCAGUUCUUUGAAAUGAUUCAAGAAAUAAGAAGAGUACAGCAAGGGCGGGACCACUCGUUGGAUUCCAUCAAAGAGCACGUCACAGUGGAGACUUCCGAAGUAUCGGAGGAACCUACAGAACUCAAGUUUCUGUCCCCCUCCCCCGACGUGUCCAGCCGCUCUCCCCGCGGCGGUCGUUCACCCCGCCAGCUCCGCUCACCGAAGGGACGACGGAAACGCAGCAGUCUCGCCGGCCUCAACGUGCGCCGCUUCUCCACAGACUCCAUCCUCGGCUCUGACUCGGGAUCCAUCUACGAAAAGACCAGCCUCAACAUAGGACGGAGACUCAGUCGAGACGUCAGCUUCCUCACAAGCUCCCCGCCUGACAUUAACACCCGUCUCCGCACCCCUUCGCCCAUGGUCAGGCGAGCUGAAGGCUCUUCCACUCGCUCCUAUCAAGAUGUCUCAGACAGAACGCUACCAGCCACCGGCUCCAACUCACGAGCCAGCGUAGAGAUCCUCAUUUCACGAGACACAGACACGCCUCCCGUCCCCCCGUACCCGAGGGCUAUUAGGACAGAGGAAGACCAGAGGUCGGAGGAGCAACUAUUGAGACUUUGGCGCAGUUCUGAACAUGACGUUCGACAGGCGCUCUUAGCCACUCUAUUAGAGCGUCAAAAUAGUCUUGACCUUGACCAAGAUCCAGGAUGAAAUACGCUGAUUUUGAGUCUGGGAAAGCUAUGCUCUUUGGAGAAUCACUUUGCAUGUUUGGUCUGUUGGGCGUGAAGUUGCAUGACGGGCAAGCGAGGUUCUGGCAGAUUUCAACAAGUGCCUUGUUUACGUUGUUUGACGCAGUAGCUCUUUGCAGGCGUGGGCGGUAGAUAGAUAGUGUUCGUUCAGUGUCUUGUAUUUCAUUAAAAUCGUCCAAUUGCCUUAAUCAUACAACUCAUUAAAUGCUUUACCUUUGGAUGCGUCAAACAAUCUAAAUUAAGGGUCACGUUUUAGGUUAAUUUAUAUGAUAGAGAUGUUUCGUCCAAAAUAUAUUUAGAAUUUCAUAGACAUACACGGUCUGUUUGUAUUUUAAAAGCAAGUAAUGGUAUAGAUGCGACCAGGAGUCUCCAAGUGCUUUAUCGUAUAGUCUAGUAGACCUGUAGUUAAAAUCAUUUUUCGAAAUUUUAGAACUAUCUUUAAAAUAAGUCUUCUCAAAGCGUCAAAUAAAUUAUAGUAUUCCUUUCGCCUGGUAUAAAUACCACGGCGAAGAAAAGUACACUAUAAAACGUAAAUUUAUGAUAGACGAAGUGUUCCUAAGUUUAGACGAAUAAUUCUUAUAUUUUGGUUAAAUGCCCAUUAUACUUACCUAGUUAAUUUAAUUUCCAAUAUUUAAGUAAGCUAUUUACUUUAUAAUAUAAAAAUAGCAUAAAGCGUUUAAGAUUUGUACUAAGUGUAAGUUUCAAAAACUAAUAACAAAACUGCCAAAGUAUCUAAGUAGAAGUUAAUAUCUAAGUACCUACUCAUAACACGUUUCUCUUGUUGUAUUGCACCCUAGACUUUAGUUUAGAUUUUUCUCCUAAUACCUAUAUAUCUUUACUAACUUAGCCCAUUGCUUCAUUAGCAUCCACAGUAUUAAACUAUUUGCUUCUAUUUGAUCUAUUAUAUUAAAGGGCUCCUGCUACUAAUAAAAUUUAUGAUAGUCACUUUAAGUGAACAAUCAUACGCAUAGUUAAUAACUUGGUCCAAAAAUAGGAUACAGUAUAUGGCUACUUACAGCCUUACAUACCUCCAAAUAGAGGAAAAUUCAGGUCCUUAAACAAAAUAGCUUAAAUAAAAAAUUUAACGAAAUGAAUUAAUUAAAAAUUGAAUAAAAUAGGAGCCCAGUCAAUUCUAUGAACUUUCUUCUUCUCCUACUACCUCCUCAGCUAGAGUACCUAGGCUAGGUAUCGCAAACUGGCUAUUUUAUGAACAAACUUUUGAAAGAGAGCUCCUUUUCAAAUAUAUUUUAAAAUAUUACCUUUCAAGGUCAUACAGCUAGUACAUAGUCUGUCUGUCUAUUUUUUAAAAACAUUGACGUAUCCGUAAAACCUAUUGCCUAUUUUUAUAAAUCGCUAUAUUCUUAGUUACAGUAUUUUAUUUUGUUACCUAAUAAUUCAGCAACAUGUCCUUUUUGUUCGCUAAUAUACCUUUAAUACAAACAAAAACCUAAACAGCUAUCCUAAUUUCAAAAAAAUCUUGUUAAUCCAAGAAAUUUUGUAAAUAUUUUAUGGAUCCUGCACAUUAUGACAGGCUGCAGCGUUCAUUAAAGCUGCACAGAAGUAGCUUUAUUUUAUGUUUAAUAUUGAAAAAAUAUACCCACCUACAUACAAACUAAUUGGAAUCCACGUAUUUUUUUCGAUGUCGGUAAAAAAAUAUGCUCUAAAGUGCAUUGUAAUAAAAUACUUAUAUGAGGGCCUUUAACACCGCGGCCUUACAUAAUGUGCACUAUCCUUUAGCCAGCAUUUCAAGUGUUUGGACCAACAUAAAGGUUUAUUUCAUAGAUUAACUUACAACAAUUGAAUUGGAUGUGCGUCAUCUAGUGAUAUUUGAAGUCUUAUGCAUUUCUCUGUCUAAUAUUGUAUGUUGUGUAAUUCUAACUAUAGCUAUAAGUAAGUAGAGUAAAUAAUUCAUUCGAACAGUAAUCAUAAUUUAUUGUGUCAAUGUAUUGAACAAGCAAUGUAAUAUUUAUAUAAUCAUGUACUAACCUAAUUUUAAAAUAUCAAUAAUAAAAUACUUAGUAGGCAAGCAAUUCUGAAGAGUAAAAAAUUGUUAGCAAUAUUGAAUGCGCCGACAUUAGUCUCUUCAGUUAUUAUUAUUUACUGGCAAAAAUAUAUUUUUUUUUAAAUUAUUGAGAUAUUUAUUUCGAUUAACAAAUCCAGAAAACUAUUGUCAGGAUUUAAGGGUUCCCUACUUCAAAAAAAAACAAAAAAGUUCAAAUGUUCCGAAAAUAGUGUAUUUGAUGAAUCUAUUUACAGAUACAAUCCAACUGUUAAGUCCUGAAAACGGAAGUGGAUCGUAAGUAAUUGUUAAAGACCGUAUUUAAUCGAUCUAUAUUUAUUUAAGCACAAAUCCGUUAAAAAGCCACUAUCAAUCGGUAUUUUUAACUGUAACUGUAAGUAAAUGAUAAAAAGUACCUAUUUGCAAAAUCGGACUCUUUAUUGUCAUUACUUCAUAGUUGGACUGUACGAGUGUACGUACCAUAAAAGUCUAAAAUAAGAAAUUCCAAGCAAAUCUAACUCCAACCAAAGGUAAAGGGCAGAUCAGUUAAAUCGGUCAUGGGAAUAUUUAAAUGUGUUAGAUUACGAACCAAUUAUUUGUCAUUCAUCACCUGAAACCAAUAUAGUUUAUCAAAGCCACUCACGAGCAAUGAAAAAGUUCCACACACAAAAUGUGGAGACAAGAGUCCCAAUUUUCUAAAUCAUUUAAUUUACCUAUCGUUUGAAUUCAAUAUGUAAUGUUUUAAGUUGAUAUUAUUAUUAGUAGUAUUAUUAGUUGAUACUAUAAUAUUAUUAUUCUGAUGCACUAUUAAAUGUAAUUUCAAUAUUGCAGACAGCGUCAUUUCCGUUAAGGAGUAAUGUGCCUAUGUCACUAGGAAUUUUUCAUUGCUCCCGUGUUUAUAAACUAGCGCCUCCUCGUAAGCUCUGCAAACUCUACAUCCCCCUUUUCAAGGAUUUCCCGGGAAUGGAAGCCUUCAAAUAAAUAUUUUUCGCAGAGCAGUUUUUGAGUUUAUUCGUUACAAACAUACACACAAUUCCAAUAUGAUUUAUAUAGUACUUAUACUGAUACAAAAACAUUUAUUUAAUUGCUCACUCGCCUGUAAUUGCUGUGCAGGAAAAUACUAUGAGGAAACUUGCACAGUUUCUAGACGGCUGUGUAAGUCUAUGAUGUAUUUAGCGAGGAUGCCACAAAUCAAUGGCAGUGUCAUUAAAAUAAUAAAUCGUCAAAGAGAACGCCAAUUUUAACUAAUAGAACUAUUUAGCUGUAAAAAAACAUAAGUACAUAGUCAAUACAAUAUUUAUCUGUACAAAAUUAUGUAAAUAUCAUUAUAAUUAUUUGAUUUUAAAUUUUAAAGAAUAGAAAACAGUAAGUAUUACUUUUAGUGAUUGUUAUGUAUUUUAGAAAAAUGAUUUUGAUUAUUAUCUUAUUUAAUAUGUUUAUUACAUUUGGUAUGAUAUUAAUAAUCUGGUAACUGUUUUGAGCCAGUCAUGAUUAUAGUUGACAAAAUAAAUUAUUUGUGCGAACUGUGACCGUAUUUGGUUUUUUAUUUAUUUUGUACCCGACUUGGUUUUUAUGUUACUCCAUCAACACUGCCCUUGGAAUUAUUCAUUAAAAUCGGUGCAGCUGUUCAAAAAAUAUGC